AUGGUGAUCAAUGGACAAACUAGAAAAAUAUCCAAAAAUGAGUCAACCACAAAAGAGUCAACCACAACAGAGUCGACCACAACAGAGCCGACCACAACAGAGCCAACCACUACAGAGCCAACCACAAAAGAGUCAACCACAACAGAGCCAACCACUACAGAGCCAACCACAACAGACCAACCACAACAGAGCCGACCACAACAGAGCCAACCACAACAGAGCCGACCACAACAGAGUCGACCACAACAGAGCCAACCACAACAGAGCCAACCACAACAGAGCCGACCACAACAGAGCCAACCACAACAGAGCCGACCACAACAGAGCCAACCACAACAGAGCCGACCACAACAGAGCCAACCACAACAGAGUCGACCACAACAGAGCCAACCACAACAGAGCCAACCACAACAGAGCCAACCACAACAGAGCCGACCACAACAGAGCCAACCACAACAGAGCCGACCACAACAGAGCCAACCACAACAGAGUCGACCACAACAGAGCCAACCACAACAGAGCCAACCACAACAGAGCCGACCACAACAGAGCCAACCACAACAGAGCCAACCACAACAGAGUCAAGCACAACAGAGCCAACCACAACAAAGCCAACCACAACAGAGCCAACCACAACAGAGUCAAGCACAACAGAGCCAACCACAACAAAGCCAACCACAACAGAGCCAACCACAACAAAGCCAACCACAACAGAGCCAACCACAACAGAGCCAACCAGAAGAGAGUCAACCAGAAGAGAGAGGAUGUAAAUGCCACGCUUCAAAGGAGGAUUGCGUAUUGAGCGGAAACUUUGAAUUAUAUAUGAAUGGUUCAUUUCCCGAAGAUAAAAGCAGGAUACGCUUUAAACAUCUCCCAUUUCAACGUGUUAUAAGAGAAGUUAUUCCACCAAUGGCUAUUGAUUUCGGAAAAAUUAUGGAACUUGCUGGACCAAAAAACGUACGCAAUCAUGUUAGCGUCAAAUUUUUUUUGUCAUUAUCCGAUUUUGGACGAAUUAACUUAUCAAACAUCGCUUCAUAUGAUAAAAAGCAGUCUUUCCAAUUGCAGUUCCGUAUUGGAGAAAAAUUGUCUGGGAUAAAUGAAUUUUCAGAAAUAUUACCAGAACCAUUAGAAAUUUGGAUCAAUUCUAAGAAAAUUCUUAUGCGUGACAGACAUAGCCCUAUACACAUUAGUGUUAUGGAUUAUUUGCACUUGAAUACUAUUAAUGCUAAUAUUGUUACAAUACUUUGGCCUCAGUGUUCAAAAGUAUAUUUUUUGAUAGCUUAUUUGGUUGAAGUAAUUAAUGUCGAAGAAAUGGUGGAAGAAAUUAAAACAAAUAACGAUCGAUAUUUUUCGGCAUUAAGUACAAAACAAAAAAUUACGGAAUUUAUGAAAAAUUCUAAUACUGGUUUAGAUUUGGCAGCCUAUAAAUUAACUCUUUUAUGUCCAAUAAAUAAAUCAAAAAUGGAAUUGCCUGCCAAAUCUGUCAAAUGUAAUCAUUUACAGUGCUUUGACCUUGAAGCUUACAUUUCUUUGAACAGAAUAAAAGAUACAUGGAUAUGUCCUAUUUGUAAGAAGUCCUGUCUAUUAGCUGAUUUGAAAAUAGACUCGUUUAUUUUGUUUAUUAUCAAUAGUUUGAAUGUUCCGAAACAUUGUGAGGAGAUAGAACUAUAUGCGAACGGUAAAUGGAAACCAUGUAUAUCGUACGGUGAUAGCCUUGAAGAUGUUCAGACUACAUCUUGUGGUCCUUCAAAAAAAAGAAUUCUUGAAAUUGAUUUGGGUAACUCAGAUGAUGAAAAUUUAGACAAUAAUGUAAAAAUCGUAUUGCCGAUAAAAAGUGCUGGGAAUUCCAAUAAUAUAAAACCGGAGAAUUAUAUAAAUACUACUACACACACUGAGCAGAAAAAAGUCGAUGAUACCCCAAUAUUUACCUACAUAGAAAGUUUGACCAUAGUAAGAAUAAAACCUUUAGAACCAAAUAAAGUCGAAACCUGUCAAAGUCUGCCCCAAUCCCAAUAAACCGAUGUACAAGUAACGAAUAAUGUUCAGGACAGCUCAUUUGUCCCUAUUAGAAGGA